CUGUUCGACUACUCUCUGACUUAGUGCUACGAAGUUUUCUAGCGUACUUUCUGAUCAAAACUGCAAUUCUGUGAAGAAGCUAACGCUUCAGUAAAGUUAUCCUUGAUUUACAAUGUGGGAAGUAGGCUUAUGUGUUACAAUCAAUAACAUCUGUCUUCCGUUCUUGAGCUUAUUCCUCCUAAAUGUAGCAAGAGUCGGGCAGCAAUUCCCUGCAAGAACGGUCACUACUCUUGACCUAAGGUAAAAUCCGGUUCCAACACAACAGUGUUCUUGCUGGUACGGUUUUUGAACAGUGAUUGGUUCUGCAAAAUGGUUAAAAGAUUGCCUGAACAGAUUAGUAGUUAUUUAUAUUUCCAGCAGCAUGAUUUCUCAGAAACCUAAACAUGAACAAAAACAAGUCAGAACUGUUGAGAUAAGAGCUUCACUUUCCGAUGUACCAUCAUGAUAUUAUGAGUAGAAACCAUCAUUUCAGAUAAAAACAAGAAAUAGUACUUUUACAACUGCAACAUUUGUGGUAAGAGCACCUCCAGUUGCCAGGCACCUACGCUUUACUUAUAACUUAACGCGAGGUGUUAUGCCAUCUCGCUCACGUGACGCAACGUUUUUGUAGAAUUAGAAACACAGCUCAAAACAUACAUACAUAUCAAGCGAUCACAGGCCCCGCUGAUAACUCUUUUAUUAGCGUGAUUGACGCCCACAGAUGCUUUCUAUGGUGAAUCUAUUUUUGUAUCCUGUAUUUGUGACAGGAUGAGAGGGGGUUCCGUUUUCUCUUCGUCAACGUGAGUUCUUGAGCUAAAAUCCGUACAGCUACUUAAACCACCCACACCAAUACUUCAGUUGACGCCAUCUGGAAAACCAGUAAUAGUACAAAUUUCUACAGGGCGUAUGGAAACUCCUAGUAGCCUCUGUAGGCGAUGUUUUAUAAUGAUGCAUGUGCAAGUUUUCGUUGUCCGUCGAAGCAGCAGCUAACUACAUAGCAUCCAGUGAUCAUUGAUUGCGUCAUAUGAUCAUAUAUAUGAGCAUCUUUGCCAGUGUGUACAUGUACAUCGCGUUUGUUUGUGGAACGAGGGGUACCAUGUGAUACGUUUGGUUACGUUGAUCGUGUGAUAGUGACACUUGCACAUUUGUGGAUGUGUUUACGUGGAAGACACACGAAUUAUGUGUGUACAUCGAUAAAUGUCCAUGCCUAAAGCAAUGAUUAGGAUAACUGUUUUUGGAACGACAAUUUGUCUCCGGCACUGUAACAGCAAAAUCCAUUACGAAACGGUGGAGUUACUUCGUAAAAUGGCUCUGCAAUCCAUUAACCGUGAUUAUAAAGCUCUUGGCAGUGUUCGUAAGUCUUUUGUGGACAAUGGCCUUUAUAAUAGAGUGACGAUAAACCAUAAAAAAUUGGAAGCCUAUGCUGAGCAAGCAGUCCGUUUAUUAAUGCAAGACUGUGUGAUAGCGGUACCUACUGACACAGUUUACGGUCUAGCAGGUGCUGUUCAGAGUGAAGAUGCUGUUGAAAAACUGUACAAAAUAAAAGGUCGGGAUGCAGCGAAACCAAUUGCGAUCUGUGUUAGUUCUAUCAGCGAAAUGGAAAAGUGGGCAGACACAAGCAUUCUUCCUCCUGCCCUCUUACAGUGUAUUCUUCCAGGACCUUUUACAAUCGUCCUCAAAAGAUCAAAAACUUUAAAUGCUAAAUUUAAUCCUGGAAUCCCGAACGUCGGUAUACGCAUUCCACAAGACAGAUUUAUAGUUGAAGUUGUUAAAAAGUUCGGAGAACCUAUUGCUCUUACUAGUGCAAAUAGCAGUGGAGAACAGAGUGCAAUUGAAGUAGAAGAAUUCUCUCACUUGUGGCAAUAUAUAGAUGCAGUUUUUGAUGCCGGCAAAAUUCCACAAGAAAUCCGCACUGGCUCUACAGUUGUAGAUUUAAGUGAACACGGUAGUUUUAAAAUAAUCAGAGCAGGUGUAUCUUGUGAUGCCCUGAGGCAUAAGCUAUUUCAGUUUAAAUUAUUGGAACGUAAUUAAAACUUUUAGCUGCUGAGAGAAGCUGCUUGCAAGUGCAUUGCAGAAGUAUUUAUUGUACAAUGUGCAAAAAUGGGAACUAUUGGAUAUUUCUGCCGUUGUGGUGACUUAUUUAAGAAACCAAGUGGCAUACUUCAAUAAUUGUGAUUCUUCAAUUUUUGUAAUGUCGAAGUGUACGAAUUAGCUUACUACCUUUUUGAUGAUAGUGUUAUCUACAAGUUAUUGGAUGUUGUAUCAUGAAGUACUGCAGUUAUUUUUCUCCAACUGUUAAAAUAUCUAGUGCAUUUAAAAUGAAAUGGCGUGAAUAACAUAUCGGUUUCAGUUUAUUUCCAGGUUUUUUACACUCCAUAAUGACUUGGCAUUUGCGAAUUUAGGAGACGAUGUAAUUAGUUCCAUAAGAAAUAUACCUGUGAUACAGUUUAUAUAAAUGUGUAUACCCAUUUUUCUUUGAUUUCAUUCAUAUGCAUGUAAUAUUUGAGACUGUAAUCUGAAAGUUACUGCCUGCAUUUCCAUUUUUGUAUUUAUAGUGGCUUAAAUACCAGUCACCCAUCAAUUCCGUCAAUAGGUGGGACUGGCACAUAUUGCUUAACAUUGGUUAUGGAGCGUUCCAUGAUGAUUCAAUCUAACGUAAAAGUAUUUCCUCAUCCCUUAUUUGGUUCCCUUACAAAGAAAGGAAAACACAAAAUUUUAGAAUUUUUUCUCUCAAUUUUUAUCUUCAGGCAUUUCAGAAUGUAGAAGUUCUGGACUGGCACAAAAUGAGACUUGCUGUCACUCUGAAAAUAAAUAACAUUUUUUUCAUCAUCAUUCAGUCUAUGUGAAAUUUGGUUGUUAUAUGCUCUAAAUGAUAAGGAUUGUAAACAAAAUUACCUUAUACCUCUAAGUAAACUCAUGAGGGCCAUAAAAAAAUAUAGGCCUACUAUCUAUUCUUGUGUACCGAUUUGUAAACAAACAUGGCUUAGGUUGCAAUUUGUGUCACCUGAAUGGAAGGGGAUUAACCCCAUAAUUCUCUUUCCAAAAUAUUCCCCAAGGCAUGGGCUACCAAUGGAAAAACUGAAUAUUUAUAUGAGGUUCAGCUGUUACGUAUUUACUCCAAUGAAAGUCAAUUUCCUUGUGGCUGUGGUGGUUUCCUACCCCCCCCCCCCCCCCCUUCUU